UCACUGCUGGUUGAGCCAAAGUGCGACAGUAACUCGAUCCAGUCUCUGAAGACCCCCGAACCUUCAGCAGCACCUCUUGGCACGGCUCACCAUCAUGUCUGAAGACGACGGCUCAGGAGGCGGUGACCUGUGCUCGGUGGAUUUUGAGAUAUUCGGGGAUGUUCAGGGUGUGUGUUUCCGUAUGUACACAGAGAGACAAGGCCUCAGUCUGGGUCUGGUUGGCUGGGUGAAGAACACCAGUAAGGGGACAGUGGUGGGACAGGUGCAGGGACCCCGUCACCAGGUCAACGAGAUGAAGGUGUGGCUGAGUAAAGAGGGGAGUCCCUUCUGUCGCAUCGCCCGAGCUGUAUUCAAAAACGAGAAGGACAUCCCUAAAGUAGAGCUUUCUGGCUUCUCUACUCGAUUCUGAUGGACAUUCUUCAGUUUUACAGCUAAACCCACUUUUAACCACACUGUACAAACCCAUGAUUACCAAUCCCACCACAGAUGGCUCUCUGUUUCUGGAGCUAAAUCAUUUUUAGAGCAUCCAAACUGAAUAUGUGCCAAGAACUGUUGGUGUUAAUGACUGUUUUCUGGUGUAUUUGUAGAUUCUACUCUAUAUUUAGAGCAUACAAAGCUUAUCUUUUAUAUAUUUAAUAAUAUAUGGCCCAUUUCUGAUCCAUUUCCCAAAGGAUAAAAAACUAUCCAACCCAAUCUUACUGUUACUGGAACUCACUCCUGGUUCUAGCAGUCAUUCCUGUUACUUUUUAUGUUAUGAGUAACAGGACUGAAAGUAACAGGAAUGAGUUUUUAGCAUAGCAUUCGCAAAAACAUGAAGAAUAGCUAAAUGGCGGCUAAUAUGCUAACAGCAUGAGGACACUGAGCACAUUCUAGUGAUUUUUUCCCCCAAAAUUUGUAUUUAAACAAUAAACCAAUAAGAUGUAAGAAUGAAUUUAGGUAACAGGACUGAGUGUUGAGAUUGAGCUCCUCAGUCAUUACAGUUACAAUAAGAUCAAAUAUACAGAAAAACUAAUGAGGGAACUUAAUUUUGGUCUUCCUAUGAUUUUCCUUAGAACCAGCUGAUGAUGUCACUUCCUGUAGUAGAUGUCACUUCCUGUUGUAGAAUGUUCCAGAUGUUUCAGAUGAUCAGGGUAAUGUGUUACGGUAACAGGACUGAGUGAAACCACAACACAGGGACACAACUAAAAUGUGUGUUUUAACUUAAAUAUUAUGGAUUUAUUAUGAAAAUAUUUUUAAAGCAUAGACAGGAUUUGGAGUCACACAACAAUACAAAAAAAUACAUUUCUAAAGGAUUUUAAUAAUUAUAUUUUCAUGGUAAAGUUUAUAGUUUAUAGAGAGUGGGGGAUUGGAGUAAUAAAUGCUAUUUUUUCAGUGUUUUAAGUCGUUUUUUAUUAUUGUCUUUUAGGUCAAUGCACAAGACACUGCUUUAAUAAUAAAAUGUAUUUUAACGUUAUUUUAUGUGCACAUUUAUACAUGUUAUUUCCUGGUGGACAGAAAUGGCAUCAAUUCGGUGGAAUGGCCCAUAUACUGUAUAUCCUCACUAAAGUGAUUAUUAUAGGAUGUAUAAUGCUACUAUGUGAAGACAUGGUAGUAAGGAUGUGAUGAUGAUAAUAAUAAAUUAUGUGCAUAUUCCCUCUA